UUGAAGCCAAUAGGGAUUGACACAUGACUAAACGUAAUACCAUGACAGAAUAUCAGGAAUUGUAUAAUUAUUGCCUCAACUCAACACCAAAGUUUUAUAGGGAACACGUUAUGCAAAACUCACCUUUUGCAUCCCUUUGUGCUGCCAUGGGGGUCGCUACUAGCCUGGUUAGCUAUCCUAUAUAUGUAAAUGUAUAGUGAUCCAGUUGUUUUAUGAUAAUGAUGACGACGACGAUGUUUGCUUGCUGAACUUACAUGGAGGUAUGGCUUCUGAUAACCUUAUGUGUUGCAUCUUACUUGUUUCAUUUCUUUAUUCUUGUUCUUUUUAUUCAUCACAUGGUACGGUAAGAGACAUAAUGUCCGUUUAGCCCAGGGGUCGGCAACCCGCGGCUCUGGAGCCGCAUGCGGCUCUUCCAUCCAUCUGAUGCGGCUCUCUGUGCUCGUAAAAUAAUGAAUGGAUAUUUAAAUAAAAUGCUUUAUAUUUUAGUGCAUUAAUUUUACAUCUGUAUGCCAAUUCUAAAUGUAAAGAUUGUCUGCGUAAACCUGAACAGGUCCAACCAGGUGUUACUGUGAGGCCGGGUUGACGGGUCAUGCUUGUGCGUAAUCAUAUCGGCGCUUUCUGAGCUGAAGAGGAUGUGAGAUUCUGGGAUUGUCCUCAGACGGCUCCUGGAUGCGUCGCCACAUUGGAGACAGGAACAAGCACUAUUCAGCCAAAGUUUCAUAAUCAGGGAACAUUUUCUAAGUGACAAGUCUCUCUGAGAGACAGGGUUUGGAAAACGCUCGCUUCAGUCGGAGGAAUCUUCCCGCAUGCGCUCUGGUUCUGCGACGCGCUCCAAGCCCCUCUCCACAUCAUCAGCUCACUGUGCACCUUACAUUCUUACAUUUCUAUUCUUUCUCCCUCAAAAUAAACGGUCAAAUACAGGAACUAUCCGGUCAACACAAACCUUGCUUUUAACUGUUCUGUUUUCUUGUGAAAAUAGAUAUAAUUUAACUUGAUUAACACCAGAGCCAGGCGCACUGCGCUGUUAUCUCCGUCACUGUAAAUGAGGGAAAAACAAGUUGAUCGGAUCCUUUUCUGACCUUCCCCACCUACAAAGUUUAAUUACAACAAUCAAACGUGACAGAGCCUGGAUUUGUAUUCUGAACAGUCUAAACAUGUUUUAAAAAGAAACGUAUGACAAAAGUGGCACCUGCUCAGUAAAACCACCAACAGGGUGAAAAAUAUCUAAACGGGCUACAACUUCUGGAUCCACUUUAUAUAAAUCGUUUUAUUGAUUAUCUUCUUAUGAAAGAUAAAUUUGAUGUACACGAGCGACCAGUACUGGCUGCUGUCACCUGUUGUGAUUGGUUAAAGCAGCUCUCUGCUGUCUGAGGGUAGGCCCCGCCCACAACGCCCUGGCUGCUGUGGCUCCCAGUGUUUUCUUUACUGUGGGAAACGGGUAAUAAUGGCUCUUUGAUGGAAACAGGAUGCCGACCCCUGAUCUAGCCGUUUUUACUAAGCAAUGCCAUCAAUUUGCCACAAAGCCAUGGUGGUAUCAGGGAGCUUUGAGUUGUUUAUAAGUGGUUUUAAGUGAUCAGAUAAUGGUGGCGCAAAGGGGAAUGGGGACGGUCUCUGCACUGCCGCAAACUGUUUAUCCCAGACAUAAUUUGCUUUUUAUUCCAAUAAUUAUGUUUUUUUUAACAUGCCGUUCCUAAAGGUGUCUGUCCCCCACAGUCCCCAUCUCUGGUAAUCUGACCUCCAGCUCUUAUGGAGAAACGCUCCAGGAGCUCUGCAUUGCUCCAGAUUAUCAUCUCAGCUGAUUCUGUUUACCAAAGCAAAGCUUACGACCCAUUUCUACUUUCAUUUUCAGUAUAGUUAAUGGCUAUGGCUGGGCAGUAACUUCCCACAUGAUCAUGACUAGGGAUGGGUACCUUUGACAUUUGAAUUGAUCCGGUACUAAUUCCCGGUACCUACGAAUCGAUACCGGUACUUAACUAUACCAAUUUUCAAUACUUUUGAGUGUUUAUUAUUUUAAUUCUCUUUUAUAAUUAAAUAUAUAUUUUUCUCAAUAUAUAACAAUAUUUGAUAAAUAUCACGAUAAAUAACAUUCAACUAUUUGUAUUUUAACAUCGUCCUUGUAGUUUUAUAAGCUGAAAAUUAAACUGAAGCAAACAUCUUUACUGUGAACUAAAUUUACUGUGUAUCUUCAUUCCUUUUGCCGUCUUUAUUCAUUUGAUUUUUCCUACUGGGAAGUUAGAAUUUCCGAGGAGAAAGCGAACGCACCAUUAGCUGAUAACAACGGUGGCAAUGGAAGCUAACAUAUCACGCUAACGUUAUCUUAAACAGUUUAUUUAGCUGCUGGAGCAGAUUAAAACGAUGAUGCCUCACACUUAGAUCGUUGUCGCUGGUUUCAUCUUCACCUGUCGCAUUUAGUAACGUAAAGCCAAACUUUCAAGCGCGUUCAUGUUCUUCUAGUCGGAAAUUCGGAGUUCCGAGGAUAAAGCGAACGCACCAUUAGCAAAACAGAAGCUAACAUAUCAAGCUAACGUUAUCUUAAACAUUUUAUUUACCUACCGGAGUAGAUUAAGAUGAGGAUGUCUCACUUAGAUCGUUGUCGCUGGUUUCAUCAUCACCCAGUUACCCAUCACAUUUAGUGAAGUGGACCCAAGCUUUAGCGUGCGUUCUUUCUACCAUGCUACUCUGUUUACAACUGGCUCGCAGCGAGCGACGACAUAACGCUCUUGCGCAUGCGCAGCUGUCUUGGCAAGUUCUCGUUAUGAAGGACGGGUACCGAAACGAGGCACCGUUUGAAAUGACGUGAAUCGGUGCUCGGUCGGUACUAUGGAAUUUGGUCGGUACCUUAAAAAGUACCGAAUUCGGUACCCAUCCCUAAUCAUGACACCACCUUCUGUUGCACCAAGGUGCAAACGCCAUUUAUAGGAUACACGAUUACCUCAAUAUACUACCAAGCAAAGUGGAACUUAUGCCGCAAAAUUCACACACUGCCAUGCCAGCAUGGCGCGUUUAUAAGACACACCAUUGCAGUAACAUUACGCUGAUUUGCCGGCACGGAGUGUCUUGCAAAAUGGGCUUUCACAACUUUCUUUGUUGCAAAGUAACAAUGAUGUCACAAAACAGCGACAUCUCUCUCUUCUCUGUCUUUUGAGCGGACUGGACGUGUAAGGAGACAUGUGGACAUUAUUUUGGACAUUUAACUUCACCUCAGUUCAAGUGGCGUUAUUGGUUUUAUAUUAUAAAAGACCGCAGCUGUCUAACCCAGCUUUGUAAGGUUGAAGAAUCUGUAAUCAAGUAUUAGCACUGUGGAUUUCUCAGUGCCAGCGUGGUUGUGGAUCAUUAGUUAUCUGCUGCAUCAUCUAAAAAUAUAACCUGCAAGAAAUGCUUUAUUGUGUGUAUUGAUUGGUGGCCAACAGUCAGAUUUUGACUUCAGAUCAUUGCUCUAUUUUCAUGAUUUAUAGUUUCACAUUAAGGGGCAGCAGUAGCUCAGGAGGUAGUGCCGGUUCUCCAGCAGUCAGAGGGUUUCAGGAUCGAUCCCGGCUCCCAGUAGAGAAUGUUGCUGUUGUGUCCUUGGGCAAGGCAUUUCACACCCUUGCCUGCUGGUGGUGGUCUGGAGGGCCUGGUGGCACCUUUGUAUGGCUGUGGCUACAAUGUAGCUCAUCACCAAAAGUGUGUGAAUGUGUGUGUGAAUGGAUGAAUGAUGCACUCUAGUGUAAAGUGCUUUGCAAUCGUCUGACUCUGAAAGGCGCUACAAGUGCAGAUCAUUUAUCAUUUAGCAUAGCAUCUAGUUAGCACUUCACCUGUUUUACAUCUGCCUCGGGUGUGAAUGCUGGAAAUGUAAGAUAUUCUUGGAAGGUCCUGCCUUCCUCAAUGCUUGACAGCCAACAGAUAUAAGUAAAGUCAAAAUAGGACAGAAUGGUUAUUACUGUAACGUUAAAUUCACGUUUUGGCUAAAUUUUAGCCAAUCGUAAGAGAGCCCUUCUAGCCAAUCAGACGCGAGAAAGACAAGACCUUUCUAGAACAUCUUGCAUUUCCAAUAUUCACACACUAUUAGAUGAUGUUACACUUCUGUUACACUCCUACAACUCGAUAGUAGUCAGACUUGGUAGAGGACAGAUUCAUGCAUAAUGACAACUGGUGACAUCGCAUCAAAACUUUGAGUGAAGUAAAUUUGUGCAGUGGAUUUGUAGCUGUUUUGGAAAUGGCAAUAUUAAUAAACAUGUGAAAAAGAAGACCCUGUAGCUUUAUUAAACUGCGGGAGGCAAAAAGAUAAAGAUAAAACAUUGCAGAAUAAAAUAUAACAUGCCACUGCGGUGGCCCCCCCACUACAUGAGAAUCGGGACACUCAGGUUGUGGUGGUCAUGGCCUUGAGACGCCAUGGUGGGCGUCCUUUAUUCUUGUAUCUGAAAGUUGGCAACCCUAGGUGGAGGAGUAGCAGCUGUACUCCGAGCCCCUCCUGGAUAUCGGAGCUUCUCAGCCUAUAGCAACCAGACCAGGGGAUGGGUGGGUGUGGCCGGCUCCAGCUUGUUUUCUCAGUGACAGAGCUUUGAAAGGGCUCAUUCUGGAAGGUACUGAAAAUGUGGAGAAAAAAACUGCUUGGACCAAUUCGUGUGAGAGGGAUUUUGUGCAAAGAACUACAUUAAUAUGUUUUCUAUCGCCCAUAGAACAAUUAUAACUUUAGAAAAAUGAUGUCAUAAUACAUUUAAUGUUUAUAGCACUUGUCAUAUGUGAUAGGGAUGUCUAAUAGCUAAUACCACGUCCAUUUUAAUUUUAAUGUAUUCUAAAUCUACAGAUCAGUUAUUUGGGUUGGUAGCAAAGUUGACUCCAAAAGCAAGUCAGUUGUAAAAAUAGGUUAAAUAAAAUCUUUACAAAAGUCAUUUUGAAAUUUUAGAUCAUUCUUACUAACAGGCACACAUGCAGAACAUCCCUGUCUGCCAUUUCAGCAAUGUUCUGUGAUUUUUGUCCUUGUUCUUCAGUAGAUUUGUUUUUGUCGGUUCCGUGGACAGACUGGACUGGACUCCCCAGAAACACGUUGCAUGCGUCGCCUGCAUCUUUAAAUCUGCACCAGCUUCCCUCCAUCCACCACACCGUGGGACAGAGCUGCUACCUUACAGAGUCUCGCACACACACACAUACACACACCGGGUAGGAAAUUACUGGAGCGAGAGAGUGCAGCUGAUAGGAAGGGAGGGAGGGAGGCUGGAAACAGACGCACGGUGCUGGAUUAUUUGGGCUGCAGCCGCGGUGGAUGUUGUGCAGGCGGACCGAGGGCUCCAAUUUGCCUCCACGCUUCGACUUUUUCAUUUUAUUUCAUUCUUUGAAUGACGGUCCUCUGCAGGGUGUUGAUAUGGUUGUGAAGGCUUGUUUCCAUCAUCCUGUCGUUCAGUGAGGCAGUGAGCUCACGGUGGAUACAGCAUGCAUGUGUCGACUUAUCCCACGAUGCUCCCUGCCCAUCCAGGCCUACUUCUUCUCAGCUUCCUCUUCCUGGCUGAUGCCGACUCACCACCAAAAUUCACCCGGAUCCCAGAAAACCAGACAGGUGUGCAGGGAGGCGUGGCCUCCUUUGUUUGCCAGGCCUCGGGGGAUCCACAACCCAAGAUCGUCUGGAAUAAAAAAGGCAAAAAAGUCAGCAACCAGAGAUUUGAGGUAAUAGAGUUUGACGACGGAUCCGGUUCGGUUCUGAGGAUCCAGCCUCUGAGGACUCCCAGAGACGAAGCCAUUUAUGAAUGUCACGCUUCGAACUCAGCGGGAGAGAUCACUGCGUCGACUAGACUCACCGUCUUACGAGAGGACCAGCUGCCCUCAGGGUUUCCCACCAUUGAUAUGGGCCCCCAGCUCAAAGUGGUGGAGCGUUCACGGACCGCCACCAUGCUCUGCGCUGCAAGCGGCAACCCUGACCCAGAAAUUACCUGGUUCAAGGAUUUCCUGCCAGUCAACACGUCCAAUAACAAUGGACGGAUCAAGCAGCUCCGCUCAGAGUCCUUUGGUGGCACGCCCAUACGAGGCGCCCUCCAGAUAGAGAUGAGUGAGGAGACUGACCAGGGGAAGUACGAGUGUGUUGCCACUAACAGUGAUGGGACUCGUUAUUCCACCCCAGCAAACCUGUAUGUCAGAGAACUCCGAGAAGUGCGCCGCGUGCCCCCUCGCUUCUCCAUUCCCCCAGCUGACAGCGAAAUCAUGCCAGGGGGUAACGUCAACAUCACCUGCGUGGCGGUUGGCUCGCCCAUGCCGUACGUGAAGUGGAUGCUGGGUGCAGAAGACCUGACGCCUGAGGAUGACAUGCCCAUUGGUCGCAACGUUCUGGAGCUGACAGAUGUCCGCCAGUCCAACAACUACACCUGUGUGGCCAUGUCGACACUCGGGGUGAUCGAGGCAGUGGCACAGAUCACUGUGAAAGCCUUGCCGAAGGCCCCUGGGAUCCCAGUGGUGACGGAGAGAACUGCAACAAGCAUCACUCUCACCUGGGAUUCUGGAAACCCUGAACCCGUCUCUUACUACAUCAUACAGCAUCGUCAGAAAGGUUCAGAGGACCCUUAUAAAGAGAUUGAUGGCAUCGCCACAACGCGCUACAGCGUAGGUGGCCUCAGCCCUUACUCUCACUAUGACUUUCGGGUGGCGGCUGUCAACUCCAUUGGGCAGGGCCCGUCCAGCGACGUGGUGGAGGCUCGCACAGCUGAGCAGGCCCCCUCCUCACCUCCUCGACAGGUCAUCGGGCGAAUGCUGAGUGCCACAACAGCAAUGAUACAUUGGGAUGAGCCAGAGGAACCCAACGGACAGGUUGUUGGUUACAGAGUGUACUACACCUCUGACAACACGCUACCAGUCAACCAGUGGGACAAGCAAAUGGUGCGCAGCGCCAACUUCAUCACCAUCCAGGAUCUGACUCCUAACAAGACCUAUUACAUCCGAGUGCUGGCGUUCACCUCUGUAGGAGAUGGACCCUUAUCUCAGGACCUCCGGAUCAUAACCAAGACUGGAGUUCCAUCCCAGCCUUUAGACUUUAAGGGUGAAGCAAAGUCUGAGACAAGUAUCCUGCUGUCCUGGAUGGCCCCCUCAACCCAGGGAGGCCCAGACAGCCAGAUCACUGGGUACGAACUGGUUUAUCGAAGGAUUGAUGACACAGAGGAGAGGAAAGUGAGUUUUGAGCCCACCACCUCCUACCUGCUGAAGAACCUGAAGCCUUUCUCCACCUACACUUUCCAGCUAGCUGCCAAGAGCAAAAAUGGAAUUGGGGCGUACACCAAUGAAGUGUCCAUUGACACUCCACAGACACUUCCUUCAGCACCUCCUCAGGACAUCACAUGCACCAGUCCCAGUUCUACCAGCGUCCUGGUAAGUUGGGCUCCACCACCCCCGGAGUUUCAGAAUGGCGUCAUAACGGGAUACUCUAUUCAGUACUCCACCACAGCGGGCAACAAAACCUCUAAAAGAACUGAUGAAAUUCCCCCUGGAAGUUCUUCGUUUCUCCUGGAAAAUCUUGAGAAAUGGACUGAGUAUGGCAUAACUGUUCGAGCACGCACAGAAGCUGGAGAUGGACCAGAGAGUUUACAGCUGCUUAUCCGCACCGAGGAAGAUGUUCCAAGUGGUCCUCCACGAUUGGUUGAAGCAGAGACAGUGAAUUCCUCAGCCGUUAGGGUGAAAUGGAGAGCACCGGCACCCGAACUACAGCACGGCCAGGUCCGAGGCUAUCAAGUCCACUAUGUGAGGAUGAACUAUGGAGAACCUCAUGGCCUGCCCCUCAUCAAAGACAUCCUCGUUGAUGACACUCAGUGGGAACACAGCCACUCUGCUGAUUAUGAGGUCGUGCUUGGAGACCUGACAGCGGAUACGGCCUACUCUGUGUCUGUGGGAGCUUACACUGCCAAGGGCGAUGGUGCUCGCAGUAAACCUGUAACUGCGUGCACCGCCCUGCCUCUCCCAGAAAAACCAAAACUGCUGGUCAGUGCAACUGAUUCGGGUACUAUUGUGCUCCAGUGGUACCCCCCUCCGAACCCCCCCACCCCUCUCCUGGGGUACCGCCUCACCUUUGGCCGUGUUGAGGUCCUUCCCUUCACAGUCGUCGAAUUCCCCGCUAAGGAAACUCGUUACACAGCUCAAGACAUCCAUAAGGGAGCUAAUUACGUGUUCAGGCUCUCUGCUCGAAACAAAAUGGGCUACGGAGAAGAGAUCCUAAAGGAGGUGACCACUCCAGAGGAUGCCCCCACUGGAUACCCAGAGAAUAUUGCCUUACAACAGUCCUCUGACACCUCUCUACAACUGGCUUGGAAAUCCGUCCCACUGAUUGAGCAAAAUGGGAAAGUUGUAAAGUACUCGGUGCUGUACAAGGAUAUAAACAGUCGAGGAAAUGCUUCAGAGGUUGUGGUGCCUGCUCCAGGGUCCAGUGUGUUGCUGGAGGGUCUGAGUGCUGAUACUGUGUACGAUGUCAGGGUGUGCGCGUUCACAGCUGUUGGGCCUGGGCCGUACAGCCCCGGCGUCCAGUUUAGGACGCAACGGCUGGACCAAGUUUUUGCCACAAACUUCAGAGUAAAGGCAGCCAUGAAAAACUCGGUUCUGCUCUCUUGGGAGAUACGAGACAAGAACCCUGCCCAGCCGUUCACUAUCCUUUAUGGGAAGGGCCAGUCCGUGGAGGUCGAUGGCAAACAGACCCAGAAGCUGAUAACUGGUUUGGAUCCAGACACCCAGUAUUCUUUCCUGCUCACCAACCGGGCAAACAGUGCUGGCGGUCUGCAGCACCGCGUCACUGCUGUAACAGCCCCGGACAUCCUGAAAACCAAACCUGCCAUUGUGGGAAAGACCAACGCAGAUGGGAUGGUGACUGUUCAGCUGCCGACUGUUCAGACAACUGCGAAAGUCAAGGGAUACUACGUGGUCGUAGUGCCACUGAAGAAGCAAAGAGGAGGGAAGUUUCUGAACCCCUGGAACGAGCCAGAUCAGAUGAACCUGGAUGAGCUCCUUAAAGAGAUCAACAGGACCAGCGUCAGCCGGGCGCUUCGCAUCCGAAGACAAGCUAGCCAAUCAGAUCCCAGAGCCUAUGUUACAGCUCACUUUAAGACCCUCCCCCUGGAGUUCACCUUGGGUGAUGGUCGAAACUACGGUGACUUCCGCAACCGUCCUCUCCUGGGAGGACAGGAGUACGUCUUCUUUGUGCUUGCGCUUCUUGACCUCUCUGAAAAUACAAUGUAUUCUACAAGCCCUUAUUCUGACCCCGUGACCUCAUCGGAUGUGGAUCCUCAGCCGAUUAUUGAUGAGGAGGAGGGGCUGUUGUGGGUGGUGGGUCCUGUUCUGGCUGUGAUCUUCAUCGUCUGCAUCGUCAUCGCCAUUCUGCUCUUCAAAAGCAAACCUGACAGGAAAAGGGCCGAGGCAGAGGGAAGGAAAGGCAGUUUUCCCUGCAGCAAAGCCAUGUCCUCCCACCAUCCGACAGAUCCCGUGGAGCUCCGGAGGAUCAAUUUCCAGACUCCAGCUUACCAUGUUUCAGUGUACCGCGGUUAUCGGCGUUUGUCAAGCAUGGCCAGUCAUCCACCCGUCCCCAUCUCCGAGUUGGCAGAUCACGUUGAGCGCCUGAAGGCAAAUGACAAUCUCAAGUUUUCUCAAGAGUACGAGUCCGUUGAUCCAGGUCAGCAGUUCACAUGGGAAAACUCCAACUUGGAAGUCAACAAGCCAAAGAAUCGCUAUGCUAACGUCAUCGCCUAUGAUCACUCGAGGGUUAUUCUCUCCAGCAUUGAGGGCGUACCCGGCAGCGACUACAUCAACGCAAACUACAUCGAUGGCUACCGCCGCCAGAACGCCUACAUCGCCACUCAGGGUCCCCUUCCUGAGACGUUUGGGGAUUUCUGGAGGAUGGUGUGGGAGCAGCACACAGCCAACAUCAUUAUGAUGACCAAGCUGGAGGAGAAGUCACGGAUGCCCUCUUUUUUCUUCUCUAAGGUGAAGUGUGAUCAGUACUGGCCAACACGAGGCACAGAGACCUACGGCCUGAUCCAGGUCACUCUACUGGACACAGUGGAGCUGGCCACGUAUUCAAUGAGGACCUUUGCUCUUUACAAGAGCGGCUCUAAUGAAAAGCGAGAGGUUCGUCACUUCCAGUUCACGGCCUGGCCGGACCACGGGGUGCCCGAGCAUCCCACCCCGUUCCUGGCCUUCCUCCGCCGGGUCAAGUCCUGCAACCCUCCGGAUGCGGGACCAAUGAUUGUCCACUGCAGCGCCGGAGUGGGCCGAACCGGCUGCUUCGUCGUCAUUGACGGCAUGACGGAGCGCAUCAAGCAUGAGAAGACCAUUGACAUCUACGGCCAUGUGACGCUGAUGCGGUCCCAGAGGAAUUACAUGGUUCAGACGGAGGACCAGUACAUCUUCAUCCACGAUGCGCUACUGGAGGCGGUGACCUGUGGGAACACCGAGGUCCCCGCGAGGAACCUGUACUCCUACAUCCAGAGGCUGACGCAGAUCGAACCAGGAGAAAAUGUCACAGGCAUGGAGCUGGAGUUCAAGCGUCUGGCCAGUGCCAAGGCUCACACAUCACGGUUCGUCAGUGCCAAUCUGCCAUGCAACAAGUUCAAGAACCGGCUGGUGAACAUCAUGCCCUACGAGACGACACGCGUGUGUCUGCAGCCAAUCAGAGGAGUGGAAGGAUCUGACUACAUCAAUGCCAGCUUCAUUGAUGGAUACAGGCAGCAGCGGGCGUAUAUAGCAACUCAAGGUCCUCUAGCAGAGACCACAGAGGACUACUGGAGAAUGCUGUGGGAACACAACUCCACCAUAGUCGUCAUGCUGACCAAGCUGAGAGAAAUGGGACGGGAGAAGUGUCACCAGUACUGGCCUGCAGAGCGCUCAGCCAGGUACCAGUACUUUGUGGUGGAUCCAAUGGCUGAAUACAACAUGCCUCAGUACAUCCUCCGAGAGUUCAAAGUGACCGAUGCCAGAGACGGCCAGUCACGGACAGUUCGUCAGUUCCAGUUCACUGAUUGGCCAGAGCAAGGCGUGCCAAAAUCAGGGGAAGGAUUCAUUGAUUUUAUCGGCCAAGUGCACAAAACUAAAGAGCAGUUUGGCCAGGACGGGCCCAUUUCUGUGCACUGCAGUGCUGGAGUGGGGCGGACUGGUGUGUUCAUCACCCUCAGUAUCGUCCUGGAGAGGAUGCGGUAUGAGGGCGUUGUGGACAUCUUCCAGACGGUGAAGAUGCUGCGCACUCAGAGACCUGCCACCGUUCAGACAGAGGACCAGUACCAGUUCUGCUACCGGGCCAGUCUGGAGUACUUGGGAAGCUUUGAUCACUAUGCAACAUAAAGCCAGUUGCUGUCUGUCACGCCACGUUCAGCCGAGUGCUCCCCUUUUUUUGUAGUCUCUCUCACACACACACACACACACACACACAUCCACAAAAACACACGACCUGAAUAAGUGCGCCUGGCUGGAGAGUGUGCGUGAAGACGUUGCCACCACAUCGGAGAAUUAAGGGAGGACAUCUGCUUAUCCCGUAUCCAGAAAAACAGCACUUCUAACUGAGCCAUAGCAACCCGCUUGAUGAGGGGGUGUCUCCUUCCACCUUCAGCCCAAACAAAAACACACGUCGGGGGGGUCGAGUUUGAAGCAGCAGCUUCAAACCACUGCUCCAAACAGAAUACUUGAUGAAAAAAGGAUUGUUUUUAUUUGUUCUCAGUGCUUCUGCGAGCACCCAGAUAGCUUUGUGUUGUUUUGGUGUGGAACUCUCACCUUGUCCACCACCAGUGUAGCAUCACCAAACUACAACACAGAACCAACGCUACGGUAUUUUGAUUUGCUCACGGGGAAACUCUGAUGAUCCCAUCAGAAGGUUCGUCACGUGGAAGUCUACCAGUCCAUCUAUGGAGGCCUUGUAGACUGAAGGAACUGAGACUUUGAAGCACAGAGAGACUGAAAACACGGAGCACACAAGAUUAAAAGACAAAAAAACACAUAUUUAAAAAGAAAAGCACCAUUUUUGUUUCUCUUUGAUUUCUUUCGGAAACAGACUUUUGUUUCCUCUGAAAGAGCAGAGGACAUGUCUACCACAUGGUAACAAGCACCAACAGUUAGACCUUAUGCUUUGCCGUCUAAAAUAAGGGAAGUGCACGAGGUUCAAAAUGCACACCACAAAGUAAAACAUUACUUUAAUUUUUUAGAAAGAGAUAUGACUAUAUUGUUUUUUAAAAAACGUGCGUGUUCCCGUUGGCACAUUCUGUUGUUUUCUAACGGUUUUGUCCCCACUGACUACAAAAGCAAGGUUGUAUCUCGAUUUCUGUGUAGUCCAAUGAGCUGUAGCCAUUUUUAAAAGUGUACAAUCAAAUCAAACAUGGAAAAUGUUCACAAUUCUGCAACAGAAGCCACCGUUUGUUCAGUGUCACUCAUGUUUGCAGCACCCUGUUGUUGUUCUAAAGAAGCUCACACACGCGGGGUGUCCCUGUCUCCGUGGCGUCGGAGACGCGAAGACGGAGCGUUCCCGGUGUCGCAACAAGUUGUUCUGUGGAGAGAACCAGACAGACACAAGUGCAGAAAAUAUGCACAGGAAAAAACAAGUAUUUAUGUGUCAAAAUAAGCUUCACAAGGAUUCCUAAAGAGAGGGGUGUAGAAAAGGGUGGCAGCGUUGAGGAGGGGACAAAUUUCUCACUGGAAUGCUCACCUUAGACUUUUCUCUCUGUCCAAUUCAGUGUGCAAUAAGUAGAUCUGUUCUAUAUUUUUGUGUCCAAGUCACUAACUGCAGUUUUACGCCAUGAGUAAAAUGAGAAUGAAAUCGAUGUUGGACGUUUCUUUGGUUCCCGCCACCAUUCUCUGACCUCUGUCAUCACGUCACAGAUCCAGUAGAUGAUGUCAUCAUCCUCCCGUGGGUCACGGCGAGCUGAGAAUGAUUGAAGUCAUGUUUCAGACAGCAUCUUUUGAUUUUAGAUUUCUAGUGCCUUAUAUUACACGCCUAUUUUGAUAACGUUAAUGGCUUUUUGUGUGUUAUUGAGUGUGUGCGAAUGUGCGUUUUAUGUGAAAUUUGAAUGUUCAUGCUUUUUGUUCAAAUGUAUUUUGUGUUUUCUGGCUGUGAAUUUUCCAUCUGUGUGGGCUGGAGAGGUGCAGCCAUUAUUUCAACCCCGAACUUCAUAUCCCAGAUAAAGCUCUGUAGAAAGCUGGACAGACAAAGAGUUUGAGCUUUUCCAUCGUUUCUUUCACCUGCACGAGCUUUUUGUGUGUUUCAGUGUGCCUGACGUAAACUUUUGGCCACACACACACACACACCGAGCUCAGAGAAGUGCUUGGCUAUGCACAAAUCCUCACAGAGCUCGACGACAGUGGGUAUUUUUGUUAUUUUGAACAACAGGACUAAAGAGAAAAAAAAAAUAACGACACUAUUGGAUUGUGUAACCCACCUGAAACCAGUGAAACUCCCAUUUGUGUCCCGUGGUUUUGGUUGGGUUUUUUGGGUCUAAACUCAUGUAUGUUCUCCAAUAGUGACAAAGGCAAAGAGAAGUUCAGGUGCUACCAACACAACAGAUGUAGUCAUUUUUUUAAUAUGUCUCCAUUAACUUUUGACCACAUAAGUGAUGGUCCACGGUUAGACACCAUUUACCCAGUUUUUUGUAUGCAUGGUACCACUUUUGAGAUGCCCCUUUGGUCACAGCGGUCAUGGGAAGACUUGCACUUUCUCUCUUUGUACUAUGCACUAAUACUAGUAUCUGUAAGAGCCCCCCCUCCCAAAAAUAGGAGACUUACUUGAACUCAUCGAAGAUGGAUCCUGUACUGCUCACAUGGUUGUGUAUAUGUAAAUACCACAGAACACAGAGAGUAAGUGAAAUGCAUAUAGAAAUGGAUGACUAUGUAUGGAUUAAUUAUAAAGCGUAGGGAGAGGUUUAUCAGAUAUACGGAGAGAGAUCUAACAAAAAUGAUGCACCUGAAUCACAGUUUUAUGGCACAGCAGUGUGUGCAAUACACCACAUUGUGGAUUUGUGGUCCCACGAGCAAGAGGUUUCACAAAAGCGUGUUCUAUUUUACCCCCAAUGUAUCAUGUAGAUGGAUAAAACUGGAGUUUAUAAAUUGUAUAAAAAUGAAAUUAUGGUGUGUUACUUGGAUCGGUUACCUCCAAUUGGUCUGUACUUGUAAACUUUUUAUUUUGUUUUGUUUUCGGAUCUAAGUCAACAAGUGCUUUCAUUUUUUUUUCCCCUUACGUUCGUACUCGAAGCGGGUGAAGAUUAAAACAACAACAAAAAACAAUGACAAAAAAAAACAAAGUCUGUACGGAUUUCUGUUCUUUAUCGACACAGGUUUCAUUUGUUACAAAUAAACUCAAGUGAAAUAAU